AUGCUCUUGUUAAGAGUACGGAUAUUUUCAUUUCUUGUAUUCGGAAUAUGUACAACAGCUACUAAACAAGUUUCGAGAAUUGAGAGACAGUCGGCAUCCUCGGCUCUCCAGCAAACAGUCGAAAACUUCUCAUCCCUUUCACGCCUUGUCAAUGCAAUUUCCCUUCAACAAGCUCUGCUCGAUGGAUCUGCAAAGCCGAAUGACGUCAUUGCUGAGCUUCUUGAUAUUGAGUCCGGAGACGCUGUUGCAAAAAUGAUUGGAACUGAGAUUGAUGCCAACAAGAUCAAAGGAAAUCUUGAUAAGACUUAUCAGCACGUGAGCAAACAUAAGGAUAAUCCGGUAAAAGAUUCAUCGAAAGUUCGGGAAGCGAUUCUCAAUUUAGAGUUUAUGAAAACUCGAGUUGAUGAUUUAGAGAAGGCGGUCGACGUUCCGGAUUUGGCCACAAAGGCAAACGACUACAUUUCUUCAAUCGCGAGUUAUAUGGUGUUCCAAAACAUUGGAAAAUUCAAGAAUGUGUUGAAUAAUUUAAAUUCUCUGAAAAACAAUUCUCUUGAUUCGAAAAAUGCUAUAUUACUUUCAGAAGCCGUCACCGCUUUCAAUCAGUUAUCCAUUGAUUUACCUACGUUUCAAACAGAAAUUUCGCAAUUUUUAAGUCAUGAGUCAAAUCUGAAGGAUUUCUAUGCUCAAAAAGAUUUCUAUAAAGUUUUUGAUCCUACUUUUGCUAUAAGCAAAGUAGGUGAAAAAUAUAAAGAUUCUUUCAAUGCAUUAAGCAAUCUUCAGUCAACUUUAAAAGCUGUUCAAGAAGAUUCAAAGUUAUUAAUACCAAUUAUGAAGGAACAUAAUACAUAUUUCAAUACUGCCCAGUCUAUUGAAAAACUUGUUAUUUUCUUAGGUACUCUGGAUAACGAGAGAAAAACCUCUAAGGUAUUUCCUUAUGGAGCCAGUGAUAUUCUGCAGAUUCAAGACAACUUGAAAAGUGCAUGGCUUAAGGAAACGUUAGCUGAAGGAGGCGAUAUGUCCAAACUUUUAACAUCGUUGGAUUCUGUUGCAAACAUUGGUGAAUUGGCUAAAGGUUACGUCGAAAGUUGGAAAAAGCUUCAAAGCUUUUCAGACUCUUCCACAAAGAUCGCUAAUUUUAGUACCAAAAGCGUAAAGGAUUUGAAGCCUAUCAAAGGAUCUCCCAUGUUUAGUGAUUUUGAGAAAAUUUACAACAAUGUGAAAGAAGUGGGCGAUGGAGCGGCUUUCGUUGAGAAAACAUAUAAAAGUGCAUUAUCCGGUGAGCACAAGGAUGUAUCAUCAAUUGUGAAGUCUUUGAGAUCAGCAUUAUCAGGUGCUCAAGAACUUACAGUUGCGGAUGAAAUUUUUGAAGGGUUAAGAAGGUUAGAGAAAUUAAAAGAUUUUGACAAGCUCCUAUCUUUUAUUAAUGCAGUUGUUAGCAAGAUAAAACCGGAGUUCUCCGCCAGAUUAGACGAGAUCUCAAAACCCACAUACAACUGGGAUUCUAUUGCAUCUGUUCAUAAAAGUCUGGCUGACACAGGAUUGGUAGAUGCAUUGAAAACAUCCUCGGCUCUCCAGCAAACAGUCGAAAACUUCUCAUCCCUUUCACGUCUUGUCAAUGCAAUUUCCCUCCAACAAGCUCUGCUUGAUGGAUCUGCAAAGCCAAAUGACGUCAUCGCUGAGCUUCUUGAUAUCGAGUCAGGAGAUGCUGUUGUAAAAUUGAUUGGGACUGAGAUUGAUGCGAACAAAAUCAGAGGAAAUCUCGAUAAGACUUAUGAGCACGUGAGCAAACUUAAGGAUAAUCCAGUGAAAGAUUCAUCAAAAGUUCGGGAAGCGAUUAUUAAUUUAGAGUUUAUGAAAACUCGAAUUGAUGAUUUAGAGAAGGUGGUCAACGUUUCGGAUUUAACCACGAAGGCAAACGACUACAUUUCUUCUAUCGCGAGUUAUAUGGUAUUUCAAAACAUUGGAAAAUUCAAGAAUGUGUUGAAUAAUUUAAAUUCUCUGAAAAACAAUACUCUUGAUUUGGAAGAUGCUAGAGCAAGUGCAGGUGCCAUAACUGCGUUUGAUCAGUUAUCCAUUGAUUUACCUACGUUUCAAGCAGAAAUUUCGCAAUUUUUAAGUCAUGAGUCAAAUCUGAAGGAUUUCUAUGCUCAAAAAGAUUUCUAUAAAGUUUUUGAUCCUAUUUUUGCUAUAAGCAAAGUAGGUGAAAAAUAUAAAGAUUCUUUCAAUGCAUUAAGCAAUCUUCAGUCAACUUUAAAAGCUGUUCAAGAAGAUUCAAAGGUAUUAAUACCUAUUAUGAAGGAACAUAAUACAUAUUUCAAUACUGCCCAGUCUAUGGAAAAACUUGUUCUGCUCUUAGGUACUCUGGCUAAAGAGAGAACAACUUCAAAGUUAUAUUCCUUGGGAUUUCCUCAUGGAGCCAGUGAUAUUCUGCAGAUUCAAGACAAUUUGAAAAGUGCAUGGCUUAAGGAAACAUUAGCUGAAGGAGGCGAUAUGUUCAAACUUUCAACAUUGCUUGAUUUUGUUUCAAAUAUUGGUGAAUUGGCUAAAGGUUACGUCGAAAGUUGGAAAAAGCUUCAAAGCUUUUCAGAUCCUUCGACCAAGAUCGCUAAUUUGAGUAUGCUGAUUAAAAGUCUAUCGACGGCUGGAAAAAUCCUUGCCGGUAAUACUGACGUAGGAAACUCGAUUGGCACCCUUACCAAAAGCGUAAAGGAUUUGAAGCCUAUCAAAGGAUCUCCCAUGUUUAGUGACUUUGAGAAAAUUUACAAUAGUUUGAAAGAAGCGGGUGAUGGAGCGGCAUUCAUUGAGAAAACAUAUAAAAGUGUGUUAUCCACUGAGCACAAGGAUGUAGUAUCAAUUACUGUUUCUGUAAUGUCAGCAUUAUCAGGUGCUCAAACCCUUACAGUUGCGGAUAAAAUUUUCAAGAAGGUUAAAAAGAGUGUGAAGAGUAUAGUGGAAUCGACUGAGAAGUUGAAAGCGAGUCUGACAGCCAUGAAAGAAGCGAUGGAUCGUAAAGGUGCAACAUCAAAACCCAAAAGAGCAGUAAGCCUGAAGAAGAUGGAAAACUCUCUGUCUUUGAUGAAAGAGUUCGCAACUGGAAUAAAUUCUCUAAGGAAGCUAUCAGAUGUAUUGGCUAAAAAAGUUGUGGUGUCAACUGCUGCAGAUUCACCAAAUGAAGUUAACAGUCUGAUAGCUGGUUUACCGGAAAUGCAGUCAUCCUGGAUCCAGGAAAAUCGAGACGGAAUGAAAAAGUUGUUGGAUGAUUUGACGAUGCUGGAUAAAUAUGCAAAGGAUCACAGCAGUAAUAAGGAUCUCAUUAAAUAUGGAUCAAUACUCUCAAAGGCUUCUGAAAUAACAGGAGUUCCGAUUGAUACGUCGCUGAUCAGAAAAUCAGUUGUUCCAGCUCUUCAAGCGUCCCAACACUCAAAGAUGAAAGGAGCAACACCUACAUUCACAGAAUUGAGUCAACUGGAACUUGAUUAUUCCAAGCACAGUGUCAGUAUCAAGUCGUCUUUCUUGAGCUUGGUUCCAAUCCGCAAGUAUUUUGAUGAUGUCUUCGGUAUUCAGAGGAAUCCAUCAGGAGCAGUUGGUGCACAUAGUAGCGGAAUCUCGUUCAAAACCUUGAUGUUCAUUUGUGGAGGUGCCCUGGGUGCGAUUCUGCUUGUAGUGGCAGGCGUGUUCCUGUUCUUGAAAAUCCGCAAGUAUAGACGUAAGCAGACACUAUUUCAGCUGUAGUUUCAUGAAUUUACUUUUUCAGAAUACUCGAAGCUUCUUCAUGAUCCAGAAUAUUGGGUGCUUUUAUCUUAUACGAGGGAGAAUGAGCCAGUAGACUUUGGAAGUGGUACCUCUAUUCCAGCUUACAUUCAUAUUCUGAGAAACAACUAUGGAGCAUUCAAAAAGUGUCUGAAGAACGGAGCAUAUGUGGAUGCGAAAGUCCAAAGUCACAAGCAGUCGAACACAAUGCUCCAUGGGUGUGUAGCCCAAGGAAAGACGAAAUACAUUGAGACAUUGAUCAAGUACGGUGCAACUACUAAAAUAUUGAACCAUGAAGGGGAAACACCGUAUGACAUGGCAAAGAGGAUGAAAAAGACAAAAUGUGUGAAGAUGUUCAAGAAGUAUGAGGGCAAAUCGUAUAGAAUUGUGCUCCCCGAGCCAGUGUCGAAGCAUGACUAUUUGAUUGAAGUGGAGAAGGCGAUUCCAGCCGAAGAACAUUACAAUGCAGAUUUCUUUCGAAAGUUCCCGCAAUACGUACUUCCCGAUAAAAAGAGACCGACUCAUUAUGUGGCGAAGACUGAUAAGAACAAUGUCUUGCACGUCCGGGAAUAUCAUCUUCAACAUAUCUUCAGCGCUUCCAUGAUCAUGGGACAUCGUUGGCUCAAGGCAUGUAUUGAUAAGUCUUCUACUAUCACUGACAAUAUGGAGUUCCGUGUCACUAAGAUGCUCUUCCAAGGCAAAGAGUAUAAAACUUUGAUCGAGAUCAAGAAUUUCAUCAAUCGAAUGAAUGUUCCGUACCUUAUGAAUUCGGGUGUCUCGUAUAACGAGUUUGUCAUCCAGCCGGAAUGGGCAACGCUGCGCAUUGUUUGUUCUCAACUUGGAGUUUACGAUGGAACAGGAGACUUUCCGGCAACAAAUCCAAAGAAAGGACCGUCAUAUCAUCGAGAGGAAAAACCGAAAAACAUUUUCUUGUACCGCCCGCGGAGUUGGGAUCAGGUCCGAUUGAACUUCAAGCAAGUGUGGCUCGAGAAUCCGAAAUUUUUCUUCAUGAGCACGGACAAGUUUACCCAUUUCCUGCUCAGUUUCAAGAUCACUACGGAGAAUGUUUUGAAAUAUGAGAAGUAUGGUAAAAACAGAUCUGCACUCAAAAACAAGAAGACGCUUACGAAGGAAGAUGAGAGUACUUCAAGUCAACCCGAGUUGAGCAACACUGCUGGCUCUCAAGUUAAUACACUGACCGUGACUGGAUCUGCCGCAACGCCGUAG